AUGUCUCGUCGCGGUGUUGGCCUGGGGGCCUUUGCCAACCGUACUCAAGCAACACAAUCAUUUGCCACUCAUGGCGCCAACCUACGGUCCACGCAUACGGCGUCUCUCCAGACCCAGCUCUCCGUCUUCCAGUCCUUACUCCAUACCUUCGCCCUAGAGCAUAGCUCCACCAUCAAAUCCAAUCCUACCUUCCGAGCCGAGUUCGCGCGCAUGUGUAAUACGAUAGGAGUCGACCCUCUUGCUGCGAGUAACGUCAAAGGCAAGAAUGGCCGUCGCGGACUUGGCGAAGGGGGUAGUUUUUGGACACAGAUUAUGGGCGGUGAUAUGAACGACUUCUACUUUGAGGUUGCUGUCCGUGUUGUGGAACUAUGCCGGGAUACUAGGGACGAGAAUGGCGGGUUGAUCGGAGUAGAAGAGUGUCGAAAGCGGGUGCGCAAGGGAAAGGCUAUUGGAAGUGGACUGGAGGUUUCUGAAGAUGAUAUCCUCCGCGCCGUUCGGUCUCUAGAACCUCUCGGUUCCGGCUUCUCUAUCGUCCACGUUGGGUCCAAGCAAUAUAUCCGGUCGAUUCCAAAGGAGCUGAACACCGACCAGGCGACCGUACUUGAAGUGAUACAAAUGCUUGGGUUUGUAAGCGUGUCAAUGCUACAGCUCAACCUUAACUGGGAGAAAGCCCGGGCGCAGACUGUCAUCGAUGAUCUACUCGCAGAUGGCCUUGUUUGGCUGGAUGCGCAGGGUCCAGAGAAGGAGUAUUGGUCACCCCAGAACCUGCUGGAUGAUAGUGGAUGA